AUGGCCGGAAUGGAUCCUGGCGACGGCGGCGGUGGGGCUGCGUCGCACUACCUGGAACUCCUCCGCGCGCAGCAGCAGCAGCUGCAGCACCAGCAGGGGCCGCUAUCCCCGUCCUCCCACGUCAAGAUGGAGCGCUCCGCGCCGUCGCCGGAGAACGUCGAUCCCGGCGGGGAUCAGCCCGCCUUGGAGGGCAGCGUGGGGUCCGGUGGGCCGACGAGGAAGCCGCGAGGGCGGCCGCCGGGGUCCAAGAACAAGCCCCAGCCGCCCAUCAUCAUAACGCGGGACAGCCCCAACGCGCUCCACUCCCACGUCCUCGAGGUCGCCGCCGGCGCCGACAUCGUCGAGUGCGUCUCCGAGUACGCGCGCCGCCGCUGCCGCGGCGUAUGCGUGCUCAGCGGCGGCGGCGCCGUCUCCAACCUCGCGCUACGCCAGCCCGGCGCCGAGCCCCCGGGCAGCCUCGUCGCCACCCUGCGCGGGCAGUUCGAGAUCCUGUCGCUCACGGGCACGGUGCUGCCGCCGCCCGCGCCGCCGGGAGCCAGCAGCCUCAGCGUGUACGUCGCCGGUGGCCAGGGGCAGGUGAUGGGCGGGAGCGUGGUCGGCCAGCUCAUCGCCGCCGGGCCCGUAGUCCUCAUGGCUUCGUCGUUCGCCAACGCCGUCUACGAGCGGCUGCCGCUGGAGGCGGAGGAGGAAGAGGCGGCCACGGCAGCCGCAGCUGCUGCCGCUGCCACUGCCACCGAAACCCAAGGCCUAGCGGAGCCGGCCGAAGGACAGCCACAGCAACAGGAGGCGCCCCAGUCUUCUGGGGUGACGGGUGGCGAUGGCGGUGGCGGUGGCAUUGGCCAUGGCAUGUCACUGUAUGAUCUUGGAGGGAACGCGGCUGGCUACCAGUUGCCCGGAGAGAACUUCGGCACCUGGAGCGGUGGUAUGAGGCCACCAUUUUGA